CGUGACCUGUGACGUAAAUCUCCUGCGACGCCGCCUUGCGCUUCGAUGCGAGCUGCGUCGCACCAAAACACUGGUAGCUUAGAUCAGCGACGCUGCAUUUAAAACUACCAACACGUUGUAGAAAAUGCCCGUGUGCAAUUUCUUUCUUCAGGGACGAUGUCGGUACGGCGACAAGUGUUGGAAUGAGCAUCCGCGAGGAGGAAAUAGAGGCGGAGGAGGAGGAGGUGGAAGAGGUGGAGGUGGAGGGUACAACAACAACAGCAGCAGCUACAACUCUCCUGCUCAGCAGCAUCCCAAAGGAGGAGGUGGAGGGUUUGGAAAUCGAGUUUGGGUGAAUCCUUCUCAGCAAAAAGUAGCCUAUAUCCAGCCUUCAUCUUUCUCCUCCCAUGGAACUGAGGAAUGGGGUAAAGGAGGAAGAGGAGGAGGAGGAGGCGGCAACGACUGGGGUCGAGGAGGAGGAGGAGGAGGCGGCAACGACUGGGGUCGAGGAGGAGGAGGAGGAGGCAACGACUGGGGUCGAGGAGGAGGAGGCAACGACUGGGGUCGAAGAGGAGGAGGAGGAGGAGGAGGAGGAGGGGGGAGAAAAGACAAUGUGAACGUCUCUGCUCAGAACCGAUUUUCAGCGCUUGCUUCUCCAAGUACCUUUGAAAGAGGAGGACAGCAAGUGUCAGUCGGUGAGGACGAUGAUGACAAAAAAUUGGAGAUCAUCCAGAUGGACAUGGAUAUUUGGGAGAGUUCAGGACAGUGGGUCUUUUCGUGUUAUUCUAGCUCCAAGGCACCUUUAUCUGGUUUCACUGAUCUCUCUCCAGAAGAGCUCAGGCUGGAGUAUUACUCCACUAGAGCUUCGGGAGAUCCGCAGAGCUAUGUUAAUGGUAUCAAUCAGUUGCUCAACCAGUGGAGAAGCAGAGUCCAGGAGCUGAAGCUUAUGACUCCAGCCACGCGCACAGCUUUGCUUGCUGAGAUAAACAACCCAGCAACUCAGGCCUCUCCAAGUGGCUUCGGUUCAGCUACUGGAUUUGGAUCUGCUGUAUCCAGCUUGGAAGGAAAAGGCUUUGGGGCUCCGGCGCCAGCCACGGCCAACACGUUCAGCUUUGCGGCCCAAACUGUUGGAUUUGGUUCCUCGGCGGCACCGCCCUCCGCCGCAGGUUUUGGCGGCCCCUUAGCAGCACCUACACAACCUCCCUCCGGCUUUGGGUCCUCCACCGCGGACUCCUCAGCUGUUGCCGCGUCGUCGUUCUCCUUUGCUGCUCCGUCCGCCAACAAGCCGGCGGCCGCUUCAGGUUUUGGCUCGGCCUCCGGGUUCAGUUUUUCCUCCACAGCGACCCCCGGCGGAGGAUUCGGGAGCGGUUUUGGGUCUGAAGCGCCCGCCUCAGCAGGAAGCGGCGGCAUGUUUGGACAGACGGGUGGAGGGUUCGGGAAGGCUGCUGCUCCACAGGCAGCAGGGGGGUCUGCCGGUGGGGCAUCGGACUCUCUGUUUUCACAAGAGAGCAAUAUGACUCCAGAGGAACUGAACCAGUUCAGGGCUAAGAGGUUCACUCUGGGCCAGAUUCCUUUAAAGCCUCCCCCAGCUGACAUGCUUGUGGUAUGAUGCCGGAGAGGGAAAUUCACUGGAUUUUUGAAAGAAAGCGAUUAUUUAUACAGAGCAAAACUUUGCUUCUGCGUAGUGCUUCUAUUAAAACCUAAAUCGUUUUUUAAAGAUAUGGCUAGUGUUUAUUAUGCUUAAACUUGCUGCGGUUUAAUAUCAGAUGUUUGUGUUCAUGCUGAGCGUCCUUCAGGUACAGCUGUACAAUACAUGGUCAAUAUUUUUAGAUGUCUUUUGUCAGUUCUAUUUUUAAAUAACUGUCUUUUGGGAAUGUUCUGAAUUGGUUUGCAAAAUUGACCUUUUUUUCAUUUAUUAUGAGACUGAUAGCAAACAGGUCAGUUGUUAAAACAGUUUAUGCACAUUAUUGCAUGAUAAAGAGUUCUAACAUAAUCUAUAGUACAAUAAUAAAGAUGCCUUGAACUUGGUUGGAAGCAUUUAUCUGCACAAAACUGCUCACAAAAGUCACCAAACGAAAUCCAUAACGGCCUCUUCACUAUAAAUGUUGUUCAUUGAAUGCUUACAGGUACAACGAUAGACGUCCUUGUGAUUGACAGACUUGUAGUCUUACUGUAUUUAUGAAGGUUGUAAUUGCACCCUUUGACCAGGAGAGGGUGUCUGAAUACAAGCGUAAAAAUAAAGAAAAUAAGCCUUUCAGUGUUUAAUUGAAGCACACUAAACAGUUGAAAAUGUAGUGUAAUUUGGAGGAUGUAGUUUGAUUCUUCUUCUCCUCCUCCUCAUCGUGUUUUACUCACGUAAUGUGAUACUUUAUAACAACUGCACAGUCUAAAAGCCACCCAUCCAAAACCAGCUUGCAUACCUACAUCAGCCAAAAAGGAGGACUAUGUGAUAGAGCACCGAUGACAGUGAGUGAGUAAGCGAUUCAAUAGAUAUUCGUUAGGGGUUGAACACCCGGUGGGAACGCUAGUGGAGGCAAAACGGCGACAAAGAGACAGCAAUAAGCUACUCGGCUGCUGUAGGUGGGCUACGGCUCUGCUGACGGGAGCAUAUUUUCAGCUGACAGGGUUAUUAUGAUAUCAGCAAGAGGUUUGAACUUAGCAGAAGCUUCCGCCUGCAUGCGUGUGUGCAGUGAUCCCAAGUCCAUACCUAGGUAUAUCUAGCUAAAAGGAUUUUUGCAUACAAGUUAUAUAAUUUUAGACAUUUGAAAGGCAACCCAGCAUUCGUUAACUGCACAAACGUGUGCAACAUCAUGAUUUUUCCCUCCUACCUCUGAGACCGUCAUCAUUAACUUCCCAUCCACCCCAUGCUUGCAGAUAGAGCAUAAAUAAUUCAACAGAUUAAUGGACGAUUGAAGAAGAGACCUCAUGCAAAGGCUCUUGCAUGCUUGUUUCGUUCACACAACUGCCAUCUGACACCCAUGUGCAGUUAUCCUACGGAUGUUAAAGUCAACAUGUCUGUCAACGCCUUCAUCGUAAUGUAUCACAACGUCUCCAGUAUAUCUCCAUCUCUCUCUCUCUCUCUCUCUCUCUCUCUCUCUCUCUCUCUCUCUCUCUCUCUCUCUCCACACGCUGUCGCUGUUUGCCAUGCUGCAGAAAUCCGCUCGGCAUAAUCUCGUCUCCCCGCUCCUCUCCUCAUCCUCAUCCUCAUCCACAGCAGCGCGCCUCGGACGCCUUGUGACCAGCAGCACCGAGAGGAGAACCAGCAGUCCGACGAACCCGCCGCCCUGCACAACGACAACAACCCCCCCCCC